GCGACGGAUCGCAACUCCAAGCCUACAUUGAAGUACUCUACUCGUGGGCAGUGUAAUUCGAGAUGCUAACUCCCUCCGACCCAUGAAUUUGAGAGAAAUGUGCUCCCCCAGAAUAUCUUAUACUCGCAAGCAUCAUCCGAAAUAAAUAGAAGUAUGCGCGCAUGGCAUGCGACAUCAACAAUUGCCUUCCAUUGAACUCUUAUCGAAGCCUCACCCCCACAAGCGUUCGAGCAACAACCUCGACCGUGCAUACGCAAUCUCAAAGGAGCCACACACACACACUAUCUAUUGACAUUGGCACAAAGCUAGCUAUAAUUGACGGUUCCCUGCCGCAAUAUGGCCUCCCUCGCAGAAGACGAUGAUGAUCGCGAUCUCGCGGGCUCCCAAGAUGGCAGCUCUGAUAACGAAAUGGAAGAUGCCCUUCGAGACGCGGACGAGGGAGCUAACGACAACGACCCGGACGCCGACGCUGAAGACGCCGACGCCGACGCGGAGAGCCAGUCCAAUGUCUCCGAGAGCGCCGGCGGCGCGACGCAACAGAACCAGGACGUGGAGAUGACGCCGCCGGGCGCUGCCAAUGUCGCUUCGCCAGUCUCCGUAUACCACCCUCCCGUGCGACCGGAGUGUCUCACGGCCUCGACCUUCGACAUCGUCCCCACAACAGCGGCCCCCCACAGCACCUCGAUCAACGCAGUCACGGCCACCGCGGACAUGCGGUGGGUGUUCAGCGGCGGCUCGGACGGAUACGUGCGCAAAUUCAACUGGGUGGACUCGAUCAACAGCAAGCUGAUGCUGACGGUAGCGCAGCGGCAUCCGUUUGUGGACAGCGUGAUCAAGGCCGGCGUGCUGAUGACCUACUGGGAGAACAUGGACGGGAACACGAUAUCGCCGGUCUACUCGCUGGCCAGCCAUAGCGAGGGCCUGUGGCUGCUGUCGGGGCUCGAGUCGGGCAACAUCCGACUGCAGUCCGUGCGCCACGAAGAGGGCAAGGAGAUCGCGCUGCUGCGACAGCACACUUCGGCCGUCUCGGUGCUGACCCUGACCUCGGACGAGAAGUCCUUGCUUUCUGGAAGCUGGGAUAAGCGGGUUUUCGACUGGGACCUGAACACCGGGCAGACGCGCCGCGCUUUCGGGUCGAGCGCCGGACAGAUUUCGGCGAUUGAGAUGCGGCCGGAGUCCAGCUUACCGGUGCCGAAAGAUGUCGUCGAGCCCCCGCAGCCAAAUGGCACGUACUCGUCCAACUACGAAGCUGCAGGGGGUGAGAACAGCUUUGGGUUCAUGGACACGUCAAACGACCAAGGCGACAAUGACGCUGGCCCGGACCCGCAGGCGGGCUCGCCAGCGGACUCGCUCUUUGGCGGUGCCGACUCUCUGUUCGGCGAUGGCGACGGGCCGGGUGGUGAAGAGGCCGGCGGAGCUGGGAACGCAUUCGGUAUCGAUGAGGAUGACGAGUUCAGCAAAGCGCUCACCAACGGGGUGCUUCCUGACGCUGAUGCUGCCGGUGACCCGGAGCCGAGCCAGAAUGGCGCUGCAGAAGCCGUGCCCCCCGCAGAAGCCGUGCCCCCCGCAGAAGCCGUUCCUGCGCCCGCAGACUUGAAUGCCAUGGACCAGGCGCCUGAUUCGAGCGGAACAGCACAGUCCAAUGGGGGGGCUUCACAGCCUCCGCCCGUGGUCAACGGCCUGCCACACGCGGAGGAGCCAGAACCGACCGCACAGAGCAGUGCGUUCAGCGAGCCGGCACAGCCCGAGCACACACCGAGCAACGACAACACCUUCCUGGGGGCAUCGAUCGACGGCACGAUCCGCAUCUGGGACCGGCGACAGCCCGACCCGGUGGCGCGGAUUAUCCCGCGCAAUGCGCCGCCCUGGUGCAUGAACGCGUGCUGGUCCCCGGACGGGAAUUACAUCUACGCGGGCCGGAGAAACGGGACGGUCGAGGAAUACAGCCUGCACAAGGGGCUGAGGGAUCCGGAGCGGACGUUCAAGUUCCCGCAGGGUAGCGGGCCGGUGACGGCGCUGCGGGCGAUGCCCAACGGGCGACAUAUUGUCUGUGCAUCUCAUGAUAUUUUGCGGCUGUACGAUCUGAAGCACGAGCAGGUGACGCGGCACUCGACGGUGCCGUUUUUGAUCAUUCCGGGGCAUCGCACGGGGACGGUGUCGCAGUUGUAUAUUGACCAGGCGUGUCGGUUUAUGGUGUCGACGAGUGGGAACAGAGGAUGGGAGGGGAAUACGACGGAGGUCUUGUUGGGGUAUGAAAUUGGAGUUCCUCGGUAACCAACUAGUUGAGAGGGAUACCCUAAUAGCAAGUCUACACGGGGUUGUUACUUUUAUAUCCAGUCAGUUAUCGAAUGCCUUGUCG